UGCGUCGUCGUGUCAUACCGCGUGCCAGGUCGAUGUGAUAUACAGAUCGAAGAUCAUCGACGUUUAAACGAGGAUUCUUCCUGCUACAAGUGUGCUCGAGCGUAAUCGUACAGAGUAAUCUCGAAAGUACAUUGUUUUAUAACGCGAUUGUGUGUGUGUGUAUGAUAAUCUCUCAUGUUAAAGAGACUUAAACACGUGCCGAUCUAGUGCUCGAUCGAACGUAUGUGAAGUGUUGCUUUGGGAAUCCGAAGAUUUUCCCUUAUCAAAGCUCCGCGCGCGAACAAAGACAAUGCGAGGCCGAUAAGCGUCGAAUAGCACAAUCGCACUUCGGUUACUGCUUUCCGAUCGUAUAACCUCGGCUUUCAAUUUCCAUUUCUGUCAGGGAGAAAUACUGUAGAUAGUAAAGUGUUAUCCGAAUACGCAUGUGCGCUAAUCGGUCAACUGUCACCGAUAGUGCUUUCGAUCUCGAUUGCGAACCGAAGACUACGUGCGUUCGAAUCAAAGGUCUUUACGCUCGACCGAGAGUCUCUUGUUUCCCGGAAAAAUCCGAGAGAUACAAGAGCCGCAGAUAAUAGCGCGUUGUCUCUCUUCUCGCCCAGAGGAUUAUUCGCUUCUCUUAAGUCGAUCAUUGUCCGUGCAAUCAGAUCGAAGUCGCGCGCAAUCUAUCACUAUCUUCCGAUGAUAGGAUCUUGGAUCGCGUGCCAAAAGCACACGAAACCAACGAGAGACGUCGCGCUAUCCAUCAAAAGAGUACUUUCGAGCCCGCGGGCCAUGCGCGCACGGAGAACGCUCUUAUCUCGAUAAUGGUUAUCGAAUAGACGAGAGGCGAACAGACUCUCGAGCCGAGAGCGCAAGAGGAAGAAGACGAAGACGAGAAUCAACCGCGAGAAUCGCCGAGCGGCGGAGGGCGGUCGACCUCGAGAUAAGGGAGGACAGCAACGGGGAGGAGCUCGACGAUUAUAAAUUAUAUUCACCCGCGACUGCGACGGAAAAAUCAAGCCGAGCGGACGAAAUAAUUAUUGUGCGCGUUCUUUCUCCUUUUCUCAUCGCGAAGAGAGACGAGAGGGAGGGGGAGGGAGGUGGAUUAAUCGCGUCAUGCCGAUCGCGACGUGAGUCGAAUGCGAGGUCCGCCACGUCGUCGUCGAGGGGCGGAGAACGCGCCUGUGGCGCAAAGUGAUCGGCAAGGUGUCGUCGCGGCAAUCGUCCGUCACCGUACAGAGGGUGAAGCGAAAGGAGAAGGCGAAGGUGGAAGAGUGGGACCCUUCAUCUGGAUGCCAGUUCUCGAAGGAGGAGUGCGCAAAAGGGCCGUGCGCAAAAUGCGGAUGAGGAUCUGCGCCGCGACCAAGGAGUCCUACACACUCCUCUCGAAGAAACGAAGGCAGCAGUUGGAGCAAUCUGUGUACGAGCCCGAAUCGCGGCGAACCACCACCGUGGAAGAUGACAGACAAGGCUCCAAUCCGGAGAAAGUCAAAAGCACAACGCAGGAUCUGUUCGAGUUACUCGAGCGAGUACAAAGUUCACGUCUCGACGAUCAACGCUGCGUUCUACCGUCAUACUUUUCUCAGACGCCGAGAGAUGACAGGACGACGUCGAGUCCCGGCGGUGCGCCUAGCAAUCACACCCCGGCGCUGUCACCGUCGCCGGUGGGCGAUGCGCCCUUCGGCAAGUCGCUCAUGGAAGCGGCCCUGCAACAGCAGGCCGCGACCGGCGCCCAACCGCCCUUAGUCGUCACGCCGUCCGGAUACUGGGUCGAUGGUACCGAUCAUCGACAUACCCUCGACUCGGCUGGCAGGGCGUUGCUGCCGGCGCAGCCGGCCUGGCAGCCCAGGAUAGACCAGGAUGAUACGGCCAAGUGCUAUCGUCGCUUCUUCGUCGGCAGGGUAAGUGUUUUCUCGUCAACGUCUCAUUCCUGAAUAGCACCUGUAGUCUUUUGUUAUGAAAGUUGGAAGUUAAAAUAUGAUGAAAUGAUCGAAAUAUAUGAUAGGAUGGUUGUUCGUGAUUUUUUCUUCGAAAAAAAUACGGAGCUUCGGAAUGUCCAACG